AUGAUGACGUGCCGUCUGCUGUGCGCCCUGUUGGUGUUAGCCCUGUGCUGCUGUCCGUCCGCGUGUGUGACAGUAACUGCUGUCACAAGUGAACCGCUCAAACCACCACAGGGGACAAGUCUAGGGAUCAAGUCUCCGGAUUUAAUUAUCCUUGCAGACCAGCAAGAUGUUGGUGCCGAUGCGUUAUCUCCACCAGUUAAGGCCGUUAAGGAAGGAAAACCGCGUGUGUCGUCCAAUGCAGAAAAUGGAGAAGGCGCGACUGAACAGGCAGGGUCGGAAGAUGUGGACACUAAAUCGAGAGGUUCAACGGAGAAUUCCAGUAAGUCGGUGGUAAAGAGUUCAGAGCAGAAUCCGGAAGUGCUAAGACCUAAUGAAGAGGCUAACCUCCCGACAGCAAAUACGAAGACCAUGACGACCACAACCACAAAAGCACCAGCUACAAAUACGACUACGACAACUGCGCCAGAGGCACCAAGUGAUGCGCUCAACAGCGCAGAGGCGUCAACUACGACGAACACCCGCGCACCGUCACGUCUUCGCGAAAUCGACGGCAGCCUCAGCAGCUCUGCGUGGGUGUGUGCCCCGCUGCUGCUCGCCGUAUCCGCGCUGGCGUGCACCGCUGUGGGCUGA